AAUAUUGCACUACAUUUUGAAUAAUCAUAGCUCGAUGUUUGCUGUGUCGAUUUAACUUUCCCAUUAAAUUCCCAAAUUCGGGAACUUACUAUGCCACUCUGGCACUAUUGAAGCGAUCUUUUUUCUCGCGCUUGUGCAUUUAAAUUUUUUUCCCCAAAUCGAGUGAUGGGGCGUGAUUUUCUAUUGACUCCGAGCUAUAUAAUCAUGUUCAGUCUAAAGUUGGCGGAAAUGGUGGCAGCUCAAUGAAAGAGAGAGAGAGUGCAGUCGAGGACAUUCGAUAAAUCAAGCCGUAUAUAACUGUCAAUAACUUUCACCUGGCGAAAGAAGCAAAGAAUGGGAGAAUUACACAAGUGGAGUUCAUUGGGAGUGAUAAUUUGUCUAUUGAUUCUCGCCGUUUCUGCAACCGUUUCACAGAAGGUGUUGAACGUGCCCUUGUACGAGACAGGGCGCUGGUGGUGGGUCUCGCUGAGGGACCACCCAGUCCUCACUGUCCUGACGGAUUUCUCAUCUGUGUACAUUUACGCAGUCUACUUGGUCAUUGUUUACGUCCUGUACAAACUGUACCGUAUUUUCUUCGUGCCGUUGAAUAGGAUUAGGUACCUAGGUGACAUUGGGUAUGCUUCAGAGGGAAAUAUUAAGGACACGGUCAACAGAGUGAGGAAACAAAGGAUUGUGGGGGACAUACCCCCAGUCUACCCCAACGGCUGGUUUGGGCUUAUGGAGGGGUUCAAACUCCAGACUGGAAAUGUAUUAAACAUUACUGCCUUAGGGUUGAAUUUGGCCGUAUUCCGUGCGGAAGAUGGAAAGGCGCAUGUCGUUGACACCUACUGCCCACAUAUGGGCGCCAAUCUUGCCGUUGGCGGGCGAGUUGUGGGCGACUGUAUCGAAUGCCCAUUCCACGGCUGGCAGUUCCGGGGAAGUGAUGGGAAAUGCACCAAGAUUCCAUACUCAGAGAAAGUCCCAGAUGUUGCGAAGAUCAAAUCGUACACGUCGACGGAAGUGAACGGCUGGAUCUACCUGUGGUACCACGCGGAAGGAUCCGAGCCGACCUGGCAGAUUCCGGUAAUUCCGGAAAUACAGUCAGGGGACUGGGUGUACAACGGCCGGACGGAGCACUACAUUAAUUGCCAUAUAGAGGAGGUCCCGGAGAACGGCGCUGACGUGCAGCAUCUGAAGUGCGUGCACACUCCACUGAUGACGUCAGGGAUCGACCUGCGCUACAUGUGGAGCAAGCUGUGGUCGUUUGGAUCCCACUCCUGGACAGCGAGCUGGGAGCCCCACCCCGCCCCAGAGGAACACAUAGGGACCAUGACACUGACCCACUGCUUGUAUCUGUUCGGAAAAGAAAUGAACCUAAUAGACAUGACGGUCAAGGCUAGACAGAUCGGUCCAGGGAUAGUAUAUCUGACAUUCCAGUCCCCGCUCGGUAACGGAGCCUUCCUGCAUCACAUUACUCCAUCAGAGCCCUUGCUACAGAAACUAGUGCAUAACAUCUACAUACAACGGUACAGCCCCACCGUGGUGGCCAAUUUCCUUAUGCUGGGCGAGGCUAUCCAGGUCGAGCGAGACAUAAUGAUUUGGAACAACAAACGAUAUGAACGGAAACCAAUGUUUGUCAAAUCUAAAGAAGAUUCUUUAGUUGCAAAGCACAGAAGAUGGUACUCUCAGUUCUACUCGGAAAACAGUCCUCGGUUAAAGUUUCAGAAAGACACAAUGGAAUGGUGAUUCCGAUACUACGUAACUAAAUAGAGUUAUCUCCCUUAAGGCACUUGGAACUUUCUAAAGCUAUGAAACAGUAUUUGUUUUUUAAUUGAUCGAAUACUAGUAUAGUAAUAAGUAUCGUUAUUUCAAAUUUGCAAGUUGCCAACCUUACAUUAAUUAUGUAAUGACUGUUUAGCGGCUGUAUGCUUAUGUAGUACUAGUUCUAGAAAUUCAAGAAAAUUCUAGAAAUAGUCACUCAAGAGGUAGGUCAAAAUCAGGGCCACAUUUGGGUGGGAUGUACUAAAUGUGCUGAACUUAUGUAUGCAUGUAAUUUAAAAAAAACAACGAAAGGACAACAGGUGAUUGUCAAUAGAUGAAUGUGAUGUCCAGCUUGUAUUGGCACAGAGGAGAUGACGAACAUUCCUCUUUAACACUCUGUUUUGUUUUUCAGUUAUGUUCGAAUUUGUAUUGAAGAUUUUUUCUUAAUUGAAAAGUUUUGUAUCAGUGGGUAUAAGCAAGAUGAUAGUUGUUAUGAAAGAUAGAUGAAAUUCAAUUAUUUAUUAUAUGUAUUUAUUGUGUGCAUGUACGUCUGCUUCAUCUGUUUCUACAUCUUGAUUAAAUUUCACAACUACAAA